AUGCCUCGCAUCACGGUUGAGCUGCUACGCAAGCGCGCGGAGCACAAUGAAGGCACGAUCUCCACACUCGAGGAGAUUUCCUUGCACCAAGAAGAACUGGAGAAGAUGGAGGUAAUCGGCACCAUGUGUCGCAAGCUGCGUAUCCUUUACCUCCAAAAUAACAUCAUCGAAAAGAUCGAGGACUUGACGCACCUGAAGGAGCUACGAUACCUCAAUUUGGCUCUGAAUAACAUAUUUGAGAUCGAAGGUCUGCAGAGCUGCGAAUUCCUUAACAAACUGGACCUCACCGUCAACUUCGUGGACUUUGACACGCUGGAAAGGAGUAUCGACCACCUCAAACCUCUGCAGCAUCUCCGAGAACUCUACAUGCUCGGGAAUCCGUGUCAAUCUGACUGGGAGACCGGAUUCCGAGAAUACAUAAUCGCUUCACUACCUCAACUGGGGAUUCUAGACGGUAAAGAGAUCCAUCGUAGUGACCGGAUCAAGGCUCUGCAAGUCUUUCAAGAGAGACAAAAGUACGUGCGUAGAGAAGCCAUUAAGGUACUUGCCAAAAAGGCGCAACAAAAAGAAAAAGAUGAAGCGGUGAUUGAAGUGGUCGGUGGCGAAGCGACCGACAUUUCAGAGAAGAAGGCGGUAUUGUCGUCGACGGAGAAGGUGCCAUAUACACCGCACACUCGUCGUGAAAUGUAUCUCGAGAUGGCGGAGCAGAAGGAAGAAGAAGAAGCUCGUAGACGUGAGAACCAGCCAAGGGAGAGAAACACAGAAGCUGAACACAAGGAGUCACUACGGAAGGCUCGGGAGCUGGAAGAGAGGGCAGACGGGUCCGUUCGACAGUGCAACGAAGGCAAGUGGGACUUCCGACUUACAGAUGAGAUCCUCGACAUCAUACUGGAAGUGGAUCUACCUCGGUUCAUGGACACGUCGAUGGUGGACGUGGAUGUUCAUCCUUCGUAUGUCUCCAUUGUGGCGAAAAAUAAAGUUCUCCGACUUAAAUUCCCGGAGCUUGUACACUCAGAUGCAGGUAAAGCGGAACGAUCCAAGACCACGGGAACUCUGCGCUUGACGCUUCCGAAAGCGCAUGUCACUCCUACACAACAACUACGUGCCAAGCUGCACCGUGAAGAGCAGGAGAAAAAGAGAAAGGACAAGAAAAAAACACCUUCGACCAUGAAGAACACAUCGAGGCACACCAAGAUUUCUGACGAGCUUCUGGAAGCUGCGAAUAAAACCUCAGCGGAUCAACGUCGUGCGGUCAGCAUUCGCGGGCUAGUGAAGAAAGAGAACGACGAUGGCAACAGUAAACGUGUGCAGAUGACUCCACUAGUGACGAAAACGACUGCGACCCACAGUAUUGGACCCGAAGUAGAGCUUGAAGAGGAGCACGAAGACGCCCCACCGCUAGUUUUCUAG